AAAAAAAACAAAAAACCUGCUAAACUCACAGAUAAGAGGGCAAAUGGAUUUCAGAAGGAAAAAGUGGUGGUAGCUAAACUACCAAAAGGCAAAUUACCAACGCCCCCAAAACUAUGCCAUGUUUGUGGAAAAGUAUACAAAAAUAAUACAGAUCUGGUACUUCAUGAACAGACAAAACACAAUCAAGUUUCAAACCUCAAGGCAAAAUGCCCCCAAUGUCAGAAAUAUUUUGUCUCAAAAUAUAAUCUCAAGAAGCAUUUAAAAAGAGUACAUGCUAAACAAAAAGAAUUUGUAUGUACCAUAUGUAGCAAAGCAUUUGCAUUUAAUAAUGAAUUAGGUAAACACAUGUCUUCAGUCCAUUAUAAAAAUUAUGGAGGCAAAAAAACUUUCAGCUGCCAACUAUGCAAAAGAGUUUUCAGUAUUGAAAAAUCUCUGAUAAUUCAUGUGAGAUCAGUGCACACAGGGGAGAGACCAGCCGUAUGCAGCGUGUGCGAUAGUAGUUUCUAUCACGAAGAGUAUCUUAAAAAACAUAUGAGACUUCACACAGGUGAAACACCAUUCAAAUGUCCAGUAUGUGGCAGAGGCUACGCCCAAAGGGGCAAUAUGAAGAGUCACUUAAGAAAUCAUAGAAGAUCAGAGCUGGACAGUGAAACAUUAAGUAAAAUGAGACCAAAUUAUUUAAGAUUUCUAAAACCUUAGGUUCAGAAUUUUAAUAGUAAUACCAAGAAAAUAAUGUGUGUAUGUGUGUGUGAAAAUAAUGUGUUUUAAGCUGUUGCUAUUCCAUCUGCAUCGAGACAUACCAAACUAAAGCGACCUACAAAAGUAGGUGUUAUCAGUUUUUACAAGACGGUGAUGGAUUUUACACGCAAUACCAUACAAAUUGAUACAAAGCAAACAAAUGCUGACGUUCCGUAUGGCUCUGUUGUGCAAUACAUUAUCAUUUAUAUUGGAUCAUUUC